AAUUUAGUCUGUGGUAAUCUUUUUUUUCUAUUUUCUGCGUUUUCUAUAAUGAUGAUGAUGAUGAUUGGUGAAGAAAGCAGCAAGACCAUCUGAUGUCAUCAAUGUCAAUUGUAUUUUUUUUUUUUGUUUGGCGAUUCUAUCAAUUAUUGUUUGUCAUCUCAUUAUAUUCCGGAAUCCAUUCGAUUGUCUUUGUCUUUGAUUCGGUUUUUUUCUCGUAGAAAUUGAAUUGAAUCUUUUUCUAUGUUUUCGAUAUAUAAUUUGAUUGAUUGUUAAUCUCUUAGUAGCGAUAAAAUCCAUUAUCAGACUCCAAAAAACAUAACAUUGCUUUUUGGUGGUCGUUGUCUUUUUAUGGUGCACAUAUUCUUCAUCAACAACUGCAGCCUAAAAAAAGAGAACUUGUAAUCAUUCGAUUUCGUACAUUGUUAGCAUCUACAUAUUCUGUGAUAUCGGAAUCCUUAUCUCUAGAUUUUUUCUCCUUUUAUUAAUAAAUCAAUAUUUACCUUAUUUAUUGAUUUCUUUUUGAGAUCAUCAUUCAUUAUCCAUCAAAAUAAAAAUGACAGCAACACGUCGUCUUCAAAAGGAAUUACAAGAAUUAAAAGAAUGUAAAGGUCCCGGUAUGCGUUGUUUUCGUGAUAUUAUGGUCGAUGAUCACAAUAUACUUUGUUGGUCAGGUUUGGUUGUUCCUGAUAAUGUACCAUAUAAUCGUGGAGCAUUUCGAAUUGAAAUAAACUUUCCGGCUGAAUAUCCAUUUAAGCCACCGAAAAUAACGUUUAAAACAAAAAUCUAUCAUCCAAAUAUUGAUGAAAAAGGACAAAUCUGUCUGCCGAUUAUACAACCAGAAAAUUGGAAACCAGCAACACGUACUGAGCAAGUGAUACAAGCAUUGAUUGCACUAGUGAAUGAUCCUGAACCUGAACAUCCAUUACGUACAGAUUUGGCUGAAGAAUAUAUUAGAGAUAGGAAAAAAUUCUUUAAAAAUGCUGAAGAUUAUACAAAAAAAUUUGCUGAAAAAAGGCCCAGCGAUUGAAAGAAAUGAAUGGAUUAACAUCAUCGAUUUCCCUUUUACGAUGAGCAUGAAUCGGACACACAUACACACAUGAUUAUUUUUCUCCUUCCUACCUUAUUCGAUUCUUGAUUUUUUCUUUACCUUUUUGUCAAUGGUGAUGGUCAUCAUCAUCAUUAUUAUUUACACUGGUUUUGUCAAUAUCAAUCUUAUCAUUAUUGAAUGAAUGUGUUAUAUAUCUUGAUAAUUAUCAAUAAUAAGACAUGCACACGAACAUAAAUAUCCAAAAA